AUGAGCUCUCCGAAGAAGCCCCUCAAUCGACCUAAGAAGCGCACAUUGGUUCGCUGGGACGACAAUCUCGAUGAGCUCCUUCUGUUGACCAUCCAAUCAGUAUGCAACAAAAACUCCGUCAAGAUCCCGUGGGCCGAGGUGGCGAAGACUAUGGGACAUAAUGUGACCGAGGGGGCUAUCGUGCAACAUCUCGCCAAACUUCGCAGUCGUCGGGUUCAAUCUGAUAAAGCUGUACCUCCUCCUCUCCGGCGCGGCGGUGUUGGGUCGUCCUCAGCCAGACCAUCUGAGACUAAACGCAAGCGCCAUAAAACGCCGCCGUUGGAGCCUGACGAAGAGAAUCCAGACAUCAUUCCCGUGAUUGACCAUUCAUCCGACGAAGAUUACGGGGUCAAGAGUGACGCGAAAGCACGCAGGAAGCGGAAGCAGAGGGCCAACGUUCAGCCAUUGAAGGAUGUCCCAAUUAAAGCAGAACCAGAGACUGAAGAUGAAACAGAGAGCGAUGGAGAGGAUUCAGGAGAGUAUUUGGUACCUGGUGCUCCCUUCCUGGACUUCCCCAACGACAGGCAGGCCGUCGAAUCUCCUCCUGUCCCUGAGAGCAAGAUAGUCGUUCUGAAGUACAGGGCCAGAAACAACCAUGGCUCUCCAGGUGUUCAGGACUUGCGACAGACUCCGGCCAACUUGUAUAUGGACCAAACGCUUGACUCUGACCUUUAUCAGCAUUCUCUCAGCCCUCUCCAAAACCGGCCUGCGUUUGCGAAUCACCAUGCUGUGAACCAACAUUAUGUGGCAGCAUCUCGGCCAACCGAGGCAGUCUCAUAUGAGACAGCUUACGCGCCCGCCACUCUCCAUAACUUUGGUGCUUACGAUGAAGUUAACGGCCUUCCUAGCACUGUCGCACCGUGGGAAUGGCACCAAACCACCUCUACUCAUCACGAUCCUUCCGAUAUGAUCGGUUAUAAUACUGAGGAAUUUUUCGACGAUCAAUACCAGUAUCAUUUUUAG